UGUGUUGGAUAAUCCAGAACGUUGGAUAAGUGAGACUCUACUGUACUUGUUUUAUUUUACUGCAUUUAUUAUUAUUAUUACAUUUAUUAUUUCACUCUAUUAUUAUUAAAAGGAUACCUAAGCACAUUUACAUUGAAGAAGAUGAAAAUAAUGAUUUAAUCAGAGUUGAACAGUCAUAUCUUAAAUUACAGUUGGUUGUGAAGAUUCAAAAACAUUUAAACUACUGAUGCUCAAUUAAUGUAAUUUUAUUGGACUCUCGGCUUAUACUGGAGUCAAUGUUUUCUCAGUUUUUUGUGGUAAAAUUAGGUGCCUUGGCUUAUAUUCGGGUCGGCUUAUACGGUACCUUCUGUCAGCUGCAAAAGGCCACCCUACUCGGAUCUGCACGUAUUAUUUGCACUUGGGAAGUGUCCGACGUGUGUCCGACAGCCAGCAGAGUGAUUUUGUUUGCUGUGUUCUUGUGUAUCAAAUAAUAAUAAUAUCACCCCGUCCUCUUCUUUUAAACUCCUUCAUUAAUGUCUAGCCUAAACCCCGUACUGUUUAUCCUGAGUCUCUGAAUAAACCAUUCAUUUAGCCUUUGUGCUUCUGUGUUAUUUAUAGAAAGGCCGGCCAACUACAUCUGUUUGUCGGACUCCCUCCUUCUCCUUCGCUCCUGCAGUCUUCGCUUCCCCAGAAUGUAGUCCUGUCUUUUUGGCAAGGUUUCCUCCGUCUUAUGACUGCAGUGACCUGGAAGGUGGAUCACACAAGGUUUCCAAUGAAGACGUUCCUCUAGAUGCCUCCAGAAGCCUACUGAAAAGAUGAAGGAUGCUGUUUGCUCUAGAGAUGCUGUCUGAAGCCUGAGAAAAUGAGCAGGGCUGGGCUUGCCCAGACUUGUUCUCUUCUAGAGAUCGGGAAGAAAAGUCAAGCUGCUUCCUUUGGGUCACCCAACCAGCCCUUCCUGGCUCCAUCCUGGGAGGUUGGCUUCCCAGAUUCCACAUCAGCAAACUGCCACCAAACUUGGCCCCGGAAGAAAGCCUCGAGUCCUUUUUCUGUCUGGUCCUCAGGACUCUCUUCUCCAAGAAGGAUGGCUCAUGGCGGAAAGAAGGGCCGCCGCUGUGAGUGUUUCUUUGGCAGUGUCUUAGCUGGUUGUUGUGCGCAGUGAUUGAGGAAGCAAUCAGCAAGAAUACUGCCCCAGAAGUGCUGCACGCAACCUUCGGAUCUGGAGAGGAAAUAAAACGUUUGGUUUCUCCGAAUGAGAAGGUGGCCAUCAUCAUUUUCUUCUAAGUUUGCAUGGAAAGCAAUUGAAAAGUAGGUAGGACUUUUCAAGGGUCUUGAAAAGUUUUCAGUAUACACCCAGUUCUCAAGAUUUGUGGGGUUUUUUUCUCCAGAUUUUAUCAUCUAAAGAGUUGAUAGAGUCCAUAGGAAUCUCUAGAUCCUCCAAUGCUACUUGAUAGUCAACUUGCCUGAGAUCUUUGUUCGUAACUUCCUCCUUUUGAUCAAAUUGCCAGCAUUUUCCUGGCAUUUCCUUAUGCGUGUCUUAAUAUUUCCCUGCUUUUAAGCAGUCCCUAUUUAUCUACUUACAUUUUGCUUUCGAACCACUAGGUAGGCGAAAGCUGGGCUAAACGCCAGGAGCUCACCCUGACCCUGGCUUUGAACUAUCAACCUCUCGACUGGUAAUAUUUACUGCAGCUGGUGGUUUAACCCACUGUGCUAAAGCCCGGCCCCUUUACAUAUGUAUGUAUAGUAAAAUCUCACUUAUCCAACAUUCGCUUAUCCAACAUUCUGGACUAUCCAAUGCAUUUUUGUAAUCAAUGUUUUCAAUACAUCGUGAUAUUUUGGUGCUAAAUUCGUAAAUACAGUAAUUCUGGACUAUCCAACACAUUUUUGCAAUCAAUGUUUUCAAUACAUCGUGAUAUUUUGGUGCUAAGUUCGUAAAUACAGUAAUUACUACCUAGCAUUACUGCGUAUUGAACUACUUUUUCUGUCAAAUUUGUUGUAUAACAUGAUGUUUUUGGUGCGUAAUUUGUAAAAUCAUCACCUAAUUUGAUGUUUAAUAGGCUUCUCCUUAAAUCUCUCCUUAUUAUCCAACAUAUUUGCUUAUCCAACGUCCUGCCGGCCCGUUUAUGUUGGAUAAGUGAGACUCUACUGUAUCUAUUUCUCUCUUUAUGAGUUGCCUUUUGGACAAACCAAUGACCACAGUUUUGGGGCACACGUGCUAUAUUUCCACUUCGAGGAAGGGGAGAUUCUCAGUAGUCCCUUAAACCUCAUAACUUAUUGGUUGAAAUUAAUCAAACGUUAAUCUUUAUGGUAAGUCAAUACCGGUGGUAUCUGGAGCAUAUUUAAUGCCAACUCAACUAAGGCAGCAAACUUGAAACCUGCAAACAUUGCUCCAAGAAUGAGAAGGUUUGAUUUAUAGAUUUAUAGUCAUUUGGAUUCUAACACCCAAAAGCAUGGCCAGAGUACAAAAUAUCCAGAAGGGUCCAGGGUUCUCCAGCUCUGUUCUAGAGCUAUAUUUAGGAGUAUUAUUUAUUUACAGCAUUUAUAUUCCGCCCUUCUCACCCCGAAGGGAAGUCAGGGCGGAUCACAUUACACAUAUAGGCAAACAUUCAAUGCCUUUUAACAUAGAACAAAGACAAGACAAACAUAGGCUCCGAGCGGGCCUCGAACUCAUGACCUCCUGGUCAAAGUGAUUCGUUGCAGCUGGUUACAGCUGGCUUGCUCUCCAGCCUGCGCCACAGCCCGAGUAGGGCUUUGAGAGCUCAAGAUCUCCAAGUAAAGGGAAACAUUGGGCUUUUAAUCUGCAUCUUCAGUCCUCCCUCCAUGUGUUAUGGACUUCAACUCCCACAAUUCCCAACAGCCUACUUUCAUGGGGAUCCUGGGCCCAUAACCCAGACAUGGGUCAACUUUGUCCCUCCCUCCAGGUGUUUUGGAUUUCAACUCCCACAAUUCCUAACAUCCGGUAGGAAUUCCUAACAUCUGGUAGGUUCGCCCGUACCUUCUGUAGCUUGUACAUGAGACAUUAAACAAAUAGGUGAACCAGUGGAUAAAACGAAAUUGUGGAUAUCGGUUCUGUGGAUACGGGGGUUGUCCUGAAAAAAUAAUAUUCGGUGUUGCCGUUUCUUCUUCCUCCCUUGGAAGGAUUUGUCCUGGCUUUAAUAAAGAAACAGAAACAAAGUUUAUGCUUUGGUUCUUCAUUCCGACAUCUCAUAUUAAAAGAGACAUACAGUUUCAUCGCUUUUCUUGUUUUCCGUUACUAAAUUCGUCUGUGUUGAUAUUUUGAUAUGUUUGUUUACUACAGCUUCCAUGUUUGUUGAGGAUUCUGGGGAGCAUAAUCCAACAAUAACUUGCUGAAACACAGACCUGCUUGUCUCAAAACUCCGCAUUCUGCCGCUGUUAGUGACAGAUGUUGUGUGUUUUUAACCGACGAGAGGGUCCUACAAGAACAACCUUGUUUUGCCAUGGGAGGACCCGAAGAUCAGGAGAGGAUUUGGUAGCGAAAGGCCCAAACUCCAGAGCAAAUACCUUUCCAGAAUAAAACUCGAGAGCAACAGGGUAACAAACGGCAUUUGUGGUCAGAGGAAUGGCUUUGCAACAAACAGAGAGAGCUCCACUCUACAAUGGAAGAGCAAUGACUGACACCAGAUUUGAGGUUGAGUUGGUAAGGAAGUGGAUGGUGCUGGGCGAGGGUGCCACCACCGAUGAAGAUUUGACCAAGGAAGGUGACGAAUCCAUUACCAGGCCCUCUGAGAAUAAUGUCCAUCCAGUUCCUUUGCAACAGAGUUGGAGGGAGCUUCACGGGGCGGCCAGAGAUGGGGACAAGCGCCUGGUCAAGCAGCUGUUGAAACAAGGGGCAGCCACAGAGAACAGAGAUGAGAAUGGGUGGACGCCCUUACAUGCUGCGUCGCUAAAUGGUCAUGUCAUGCUGGUGAGGUUUCUCGUCCGGCGUGGAGCCAUGAUCCACGCUACUGACCAUGCCGGCUACACGCCGCUGCACUUUGCUGCCUGGAGUGGCCACACUCAGGUGGCAGACUUCCUCUUGACUCGGGGAGCCCUGGUCAUUGCAUCCAGCCAAGGAGCCCUGACCCCGCUUCACUGCGCAGCUGCCAAUGGGCACAUGCUGGUAACACAGCUCUUUCUGCAGCAUGGCACUGAUCCAGCAUUUAGGGACCAUAACCAAUGGGCUGCCUUGCACUGGGCCACAGCUAACAACCAGCUGCACAUCAUGGACCUCCUCCUAUCCCAGCAUUGCAGCCCGGAUCUAAGAUGCCAAGGGGGCAUCGCUCCGCUGCAUAUAGCAGCCGAGGUUGGAAGAACGGAAGCGUUGCGCCUCUUGCUUGAGAAGGGGGCCAGUGUGAACAUCCAGGAUGAUUUGGGAAGGACUCCGCUUUCUGUUGCUUCUACCAACAGCAAUCAUGAGGUUGUGGAGCAGCUCCUCAAGGCUCAAGCAGAUGUGAACCUGGCCAACCGUCAUGGCUGCACCCCGCUCCAUAAGGCCACUGCUGCUGGGCACUUGCCCACCGUGUGCCUCUUGGUUGGGGAAAACGCCACCAGCGUCAAUGCAAGGGAUAGCCUUGGCUUCACCCCACUCCACCGAGCCGCCAUCUGCAGCCGCAUGGACAUAGCCAGCUUCCUCCUGGACCACGGUGCUCAUGUCAACGCACAAGGGUGGCUCAGCAAGACCCCUUUGCAUCUCGCCUCGGAAAAAAGCCAUUUCCCUUUAAUGGAAUUUUUAUUGGCGAAAGGUGCGGACCGUACUCUGAGGACUCAGUGGCAUGAGACAGCUGAAGAUCUGGCACCAAAGCUUCAGGUUUAGGCAUGGAAGAAAGCUUGAACUGCAUCAUAUUCAUUUAGGCAAUCCCUUGUUGUCCGAGUAUGAUGGCCUUCCAAGUGUAGUGUCUUGGCAGUGACUGUAGAACCCUAUUCUUGACCUGCACGUUCUUCCACAGUGAGAACAUCGGUUUCCAUGUGCAAGGCCAUCCCAGUUAGGGUUGGCUUGCUGUGCCUACCUCUUGGCGUGUUUCUUCCUUUCGCUCUCCAUUUGUGCCUCUUCAAAUUCCACAACAUUGCUGGUCACAGCUGGCCUCCAGUUAGAGCAUUCAAGGGCCAGGGCUUCCCAGUUCUCUCUCUGUGUCUAUGCUACAGUUUUUAAGCUUAGCUUUAAGCCCAUCUUUCAAUCUCUUUUCCUGUCCACCAAUAUUCCGUUUUCCGUUCUUGAGUUAGGAGUAGAGUAACUGCUUUGGAAAAUGGUGAUUAUGCAUUCGGACAAGGUGGCCAGUCCAGCGGAGUUGAUGGCGUAGGAGCAUCGCUUCAGUGCUGGUGGUCUUUGCUGCUUCGAGCACAUUUACAUUUGUCCGCCUGACUUCCCAAGAGAUUUGUAGGAUUUUUCAGAGGCAACGCUGAUGAAAUUGUUCCAGGAGUUGAAUGUGAUGUCUGUAGAUGUUUUGCAGGCAUAUAACAGGGUUGGGAGGACAAUAGCUUUGUAAACAAGCACCUUGAUAUCCCUACACAUGUCCCAAUCCUCAAACACUCUCUGCUUCAUUCGGAAAAAUGCUGCACUCGCAGAGCUCAGGCGAUGUUGUAUUUCAGUGUCAAUGUUGACUUGACAAUGUUGACAAUGUGUGACGUCUAUAGACAUUCCACAUCUCACAGGCAUAUAACAGGGUUGGGAGGACAAUAGCUUUGUAAACAAGCACCUUGGUCUCCCUACGGAUGUCCCGAUCCUUAAACACUCUCUGCUUCAUUCGGAAAAAUGCUGCACUCGCAGAGCUCAAGCGGUGUUGUAUUUCAGUGUCAAUGUUGACUUUUACAGAGAGACGGCUGCCAAGGGAGCGGAAAUGGGCAACAUUUUCUAAUGUUACACCAUUAAACUGUAUUCCUGGCAUUACAGGGGGAUUUGCUGAUGACUGCUGGAAGAGGACUUUGGUUUUCUCGAUGUUCAAUGAGAGGCCGAGCUUCUCAUAUGCUUCUGCAAAGGUGUUUAGAGUAGCUUGUAGGUCUUCUUCUGAAUGCGCACAGACUAUGUUAUCAUCAGCAUAUUUGAGUUCUAUAACAGAUGUUUUUGGCUGUCAGUCUACUGAGGUUAAAUAGUUUGCCAUCUGUCUGAUAGAUGAUUUCCACUCCUGUGGGAAGCUUCCCAUCAACAAGAUGAAGUAUCAUAGCGAUGAAGAUGGAAAAUAAGGUUGGGCAAGAACACAUCCCUGUUUGAUACUUAAUUCCACCUUUAAUGGGUCACUUUGGGGAGCCAUUGCUGUCCAAGACUGUUGCCAUCAUGUCAUUGUGAAGGAGCUGCAGGAUGUUCACUGCAUCAUAUGGGUCUACACUCACCACACUGUAAGACAAUUACCUUCAAAGGGUCCUGGCUCAGGAAGGAAAUCAGGCAGAGAAACUCAAUCUCGUGAGAGAUGCAAAAAGCAAAGUUUAUUAUCAUAGCUAUGAUAAGGCAAACAAUUUCAAUGGGUCCCGUACCAUGCAAAUGGCUGCCGCAACAUGUGCGAAGCAAACAAAUAAUAUAUACCUUUGGCUUAUCUAAAAUUGACCAAUGGCUGAGGAUCUUCCUCACCUUCCACACCUACUUGGCAUAAAUGAUAUCAAUGACCUCACUUGUUUACUCUGAGCUUUCUUCUCUCUUUAGAACUUCCUGGAGAAAGGCACCAGCUCGCAGGAAGGGAGGGGCAUAUGCAGAGGCAAAGCCACAUAGGCAAAAGUUUAUUACAGUAGAAUCUCACUUAUCCAACACUCGCUUAUCCAACGUUCUGGAUUAUCCAACGCAUUUUUGUAGUCAAUGUUUUCAAUAAAUCGUGAUAUUUUGGUGCUAAAUUUGUAAAUACAGUAAUUACAACAUAGCAUUAAUGUGUAAUGAACUACUUUUUCUGUCAAAUUUGUUGUAUAACAUGAUGUUUUGGUGCUUAAUUUGUAAAAUCAUAACAUAUUUUAAUGUUUAAUAGACUUUUUCUUAGUCUCUCCUUAUUAUCCAACAUAUUUGCUUAUCCAACAUUCUGCCGGCCUGUUUAUGUUGGAUAAGUGAGACUCUACUGUAUUUUCUGUCUUAUGGUCCCUUCAAUAUGAUUUCAAAUGGCAUUAUGACAGUGUAUAAUAGAUCCAGCCUAUAUUCGUCUCAGAUUCCAGUUAGUGGAUCUUGGGGACACAGGCUAUCGAUGCGAAAGAAAAUUAUAAGGGACUUUGUGUUUCUAAAGCCGGAUCCGAUUAGUGCUGAACAUAUGGUACAGCUCUUAGUCCUAAUCCUUUAUAGAAAAUCUAUUUAGUGCAGAUAUGGGUCAACUUUGGCCCUCCUUCCAGAUGUUUUGGACUUCAACUGGGCUGUUAGGAACUGUGGGAGUUGAAGUCCAAAACACCUGGAGGGCCAAAGUUUGCCU